CCCCGGCUCUACGCUUGCUGAGCGCCUGACGCGCGCGCCCUGAGCCGCAAGCGAAGCGCGCGCCCUUCGCUUUUAGCCGCCUUGGUUCCUUCGGCGCUAAAGGCCUUACUUAUUUUGGAAGGAGACGCAACAUGGCGCUCGUACCCGGGCAGGUGCUGCGGGUCGCCAUCCUCCUCUCCUAUUUUUCCAUCCUGUGCAAUUACAAGGCCAUUGACAUGCCAGCGCACCAGACCUAUGGAGGCAGCUGGAAAUUUCUGACGUUCAUUAACCUGGUUGUUCAAGCAGUCUUUUUUGGGAUCUGUGUUCUGACUGAUCUUUCCAGCCUUCUGACUAAAGGAAAUGACAGCCAAGAACAAGAAAGGCAACUAAGAAAACUCAUCUCCCUACGUGACUGGAUGAUGGCUGUCUUAGCUUUUCCCAUUGGGGUUUUUGUUGUGCUAAUGUUUUGGAGCAUCUAUAUCUAUGACAGAGAACUUGUUUACCCCAAGCUCCUUGAUAAUUUUAUACCAACUUGGCUGAAUCAUGGAAUGCAUACAACUGUGUUACCCUUUAUAUUAAUUGAGAUGAGAACGACCCAUCAUGAAUAUCCCAGCAGGAUCUAUGGACUGAUUGCCGUGUGUACUUUUUCAGUUUGCUAUAUAUUAUGGGUCUGUUGGAUAUAUCAUGUGACUGGGGUUUGGGUAUAUCCUCUCCUGCAGUAUCUUGGUACAACUGCUAAAAUUGUCUUCUUUGCCACUGUAACUGUAGUAAUAAGCAUGUUUUACUUGCUGGGUGAAAUACUAAACAACUGCAUAUGGGAUACACAAAAAUGUAUAGAAGAAGGAAAAGGAAAAUCUAAAUCAGACUGAACACAGGAUAAAAGAAGAAAGAGGACCUGCGAACGGCAUCUCAUAACAUCAAAAGAAAUUUAUAUUAACAGUGCAUUCAAAAUAUUUUUUUUUAAAUGGGAUGUUGAUUUUAUAAUCUUCUUUGCUACAACAUUGGAGGAACUGGGGAGUGGGUAUACCUCAUGUGCUGAACAUGUCAUUAUUUAUACACAGAAAGAGAAUGUAUCUUUCCGGCAACUGCAUUAAGAAUUAAAAAAAGAUCUAUUUUGUCUUGGAAACAUUAGAUAAGUCAAACUUGAAUCAUUUGGGUUAAAUCAUAACGCUGCAUCUGUGAAAGGAUGGAUAAGCCCUUUUGAACAAAUGUACUGCUGCCAGUACAUCUGGAUACAGUGGGGUGUAUCUGAAGCAUAGGGCAUUCAGGUUUGGGGGUUGUCGAUGAAAGAAAGCUCAAUGAAAGAUCCCCCCUGAGAUAUAUA